GUGCGUAGGAGUUUUGCUUUGCUCAUUCAAAGUAGCUAACUAGGAGACUCAUAUUUUUGAGCAACAAAGAAAAUGCAAUGCUCAAAAGAAACUCUCUUCUGGUUGUUCUACAAUGUCUCAAGCUCCUCCCUUCUUCUCCUUCUCUUCCUUUACUUCUCUUCCACUUUGCUUCUCAAGCUCCUUAACUUCAUUGGCAGCUACCCUAUAAUCCAAAGAAAUCAAAAUGGUUAUGAGUAUAAUAUGUUUUCUGAUGAGGAAGAAGAAACAGAUAAUAAUGAAACCUACUAUUACACUCAGCCUAAAGAAAAAGAUCAUCUCGUAGCUGACAUAGUUCAUGGUGGUGAAUCACUUGUAUUUUUGUCUAACAACUCCAAUAUUAAUCAAAGAACUCAAAAUCAUAAUCUUCAAGAAUUCAUAACUCCAAGGGAGGAAUCGCCUGUAGAGUUUCAAGAAGAAGAAGAAGAAGAAGAUGAUGAUGAUGAUACUACUUUUGCUAGCGAUGAACAGUUUUCUCUUCUUGCCUCAGCAGGUUCAGAAUCUGAACAUAACGAAGAAGACAUAACAACAAGAGAUGCUGAUUCUCUUCAAGAUUCUACUCCGGAUCAAGGCGGCCCCACCUCAACCAUCACUGCACACAGCCAAGGAACUGGUUUGGUAGAUAGUGAUGAAAACUAUGGAGAAGAGUACAUUAAUCCAAAGGAUAUGGAAAAUAAAAAACUGGAUACAAAUUUUGCUGGGAAUGAAAGGUAUUUGAUUUUUGCAGCAACCCAAUUCAAGUCCAAUAAGAAGCUUCAAGUUGAAGAAAAAGAUGAUGAAGAAGAAGAAAUAUUCGGUGAUUCAUGCACUGUAGGUUCUACAUCUAAGAGCUCCUCUGAAUGGAGGAGCUCAAUUAAGGAUUCAGUAACUGAAGAUCCAUUUUCUUCUUCGUCCCGAAGAAGUUGUCCUAAAUGGGAAUCCUACACUGUCUUUCAAAAGUAUGAUGAAGAAAUGAUGUUCCUGGAUAGAAUUAGUGCUCAAAAGCUUCAUGAAACAGAAUCACUGAAGUCUAUUCAAGUAUGUCCAAGAUCAAUUUCAGAUAGAAUUGUUCAUAAAAUUACAACUAUGAACAAAAAGCCUUCAGACAUCCGCCAAAACCCGUAUCAUGAACUAGAGGCUGCCUACGUAGCUCAAAUUUGCUUGACAUGGGAAGCUCUAAAUUGGAAUUACAAGAACUUCCAUUGUAAGAGAGCUUCACAGCAGCGCGAUUUCGAUCUAGGUUGUCCAGCGCAUAUUGCACAGCAGUUUCAGCAAUUCCAGGUUCUUUUACAAAGAUAUGUAGAAAAUGAACCUUAUGAGCAAGGCAGGAGACCUGAAGUCUAUGCCAGAAUGAGACUUUUGGCACCAAAGUUACUUCUAGUACCAGAAUAUCGAGAUUCAGAAGAUGAUCCAAAGGAAGAUGGUUUUGGUUCAAGAAUUUCAUCAGCUGCAUUUCUAAUGAUAAUGGAAGAGGGAAUCCAAACAUUCAUGAAAUUUCUCAAAGCUGAUAAACAAAAACCCUGCCAGAUUCUUACUUCUUUCUUUAGGAGAAAUCGAAGAGUAUCGGUUGAUCCUGCUCUUCUCCAACUAAUGAAGAAAGUUAACAAAAAAAAAAAGAUGAAGCUUAAAGAUCUUCGCCGAGCUCGGAAAUGCAUAAGAAAGAGAAAAUUGAAGGUAGAAGAAGAGAUGGAGAUAUUAAUGGGAUUGAUAGACCUAAAAAUAGUGUCAAGGGUAUUAAGAAUGAGUGACAUAAGUGAAGAGCAAUUGCAUUGGUGUGAAGAGAAGAUGAGCAAAGUAAGAGUUUUAGAUGGGAAACUUCAAAGAGAUUCUUCACCACUUUUUUUCCCAGCACAUUGACCCACAAAACAAUUUAUAUAUUGCUUGAUGACUAGAUAAUGGAUGUGCAUGGAUGCACAAAAAUGAAUAUCCUAGACACCCUUUUGUAAAUAUUGUAAAAAAAUGGGGAAAUAUUACAUAAAUAAGUAUAAAAGAUGGGUGUGGGGGGCCUGCAAAUCAAAGUGAAUACAUGUGGGUGACAUGGAAGAAGAGUAAAGAGAGAUAUGGGUAUGAGAGAUGAUGAUGCAAAUUGAAAGUGAAAGAGCAAAGACAAAGCAAGGAACAUGGAAAUAGAUAGACAAGGGUAGCUUUAAUUCACUUUAGCUUUUUUUCUAUUUUUUGUUCUUUUAAAGCUUUUAAUUAGGGUUUAUCUACAGAUGAUGAAUCAAAAGAAGAGAAGGGUAUGCAAAGCUGUUUACACAUGUAGUUGAAUAAAAAAGAGUAGCACAUGGUACACACAAAGAGCAAUGUGGUAGUAUUUAUUGUGGGCCUAGCUAGGAGGAAAAAAAUAAAUAGAUUAGUAAGAGAAUAAAUCAACAUUGGAAUUAGGAAACUUCUUUAUUUAAUUAAUUAUUUUAUGAAAACAAGUUUAUUAAUCUUGUGGUUU